UCGAAUCUCAUUCGAUGAAUACGUCUAUACCGAUCAAGUCUGCAUUCAAAAAAGUAUCGUAAUUAACUUGUAUCUUUUUAAACAAAUAGGUACAGGUUGUGUGAUCAGUGAUAAGAAUGAUUCAAACACUCCUAAUAAAAAAUUUUUCGCAUCUUCAUACGCCAAGGUUUUUUCCAAAGAUUCGUAUGGAAAGCUACGAAAUUGCAGUUUUUUUAUUUUGAUUCGUCGAUUUUAGAAUAAAGAAUAAACUACAAAGUAAUAUCGCUGAUAUUUAUAAUGUAUAAGUAUUUUUUGCUGAUGUAAAGGGAUGUAACCCACAAAAUUGCCUUCGAUAGCGAUUAUUUUUUAAACAAUUGUAUAAUACAAAAAUUAAUUCAUUAGAAUUCUUUGAUGAAACAAACGCUGCUUGUUCAAUAAAAAUGACUUGCUAUAGUUCAUACGAAUGCCCUUCCCAUUAGGAAAAACUUCAGGAACGAUCGACCGUUUUAUUCCGUAAAGUGUCAAAAAAUUCGACGACACACUUCCAUACGCAUUAGCUGUACAGAAACUGUGUUACACCUACCAGACAAACUCGGACAAGGUUCCUCAGUUCAAGGACCACAUCACCAAGUUCACGGAGGGUUGAAUCUCACACAAUUCUGCAAGACGCAAAUGAUCGUCUCAACUUUGGUGGCGUCAUGGAAACAGAUAGGCUCCGCUGACGAUGUAAACGACGCCUGUCGAUACAAAAAUACUAGUCUGCAGGUUUUGGUCCUUAGGGCUUGAAGGUACCCAAGCACGUGACCAACUGCGAUACCGCAUGAACGAAGAAUGAGCUGAUUGGUCAUUCCCUCCUAUAACGCGACUUGACAGAACUUUUGGGGUUCACUCAUUGCUACAACGAUACGCCAAAUGAGCCGCUGUUUGGAUUGUCAAUUGAUUGUCAUGCAAAUAUCGGGAGUCUGGAAAAAAAUAUCAACUCCGAUCAUCUCUGGGGAGGUCGUUUUUUCUGGUGACGCAGUACAGGGUAUGAGCUGUCUGAAUAUUUCACUGUCCAGAAACCAUACCAGAUGAUGGGCUCUACAAAAGAGUCCAGCUAACCAAUUCGUAGCUGUUUUUACUACCAGUAUACACCCGUCUUCCGCUUCGACGAUCAAAUUACAAAUAUUUUGAGCCAAUCAAACAGCAAUAUCUGAAAUCACCCAUAAUUCGAUUGUUGUAAUACGUGUAGUACCUAUGAUAAGAAAGCGUUCAAAACAAGGUCAUCAUCUUUCGCGCGCAUAAUAAAUAUCCGCGCGCGUCUCGAUCGCGCGAGGCAUCUGUACAACUGUUUAUGCGCGAGAAGACAAUAUUCUCAACGGAAACACUCCGCUAACGCAGAUCAGUGCAAUAUAGACUCUUGUUAUCAAUAAUAAAACAUAUGUACACCUUAGACCGAAUUAUCAUCUCUUUUAUCAUCGUUACAAGCCGGAGACCGGCAUCGCUCUCGCUCCCGAUAUGUGUAUAAAAAAGCCGUGCCUCCUCGCUAUCUUUCUGUCUUUCCACUGGCGAACGUUACUCUCUUUUGGAACGUCAUCGAGCAGUGUCCUGCUGCUCGCGCUCGUAGCUACAAGUACCUGUUAUCAUAAUUAUUAAACCAUUGAAAUUUGGAUACCGCAGUAUUUCCUAAAUCCGUAAGCUGGCUUCGAAAUGAAACGGUGGGGAUUCUGGUUGGGAGCCCUCGGGGCUGUAGCAGUUUUGGUGGUGCUUCUGUGCGUCUUCCUCAUAAGUCACUCCAAGAUUCGCUGCUACACGGAAGAGGAAGAUCACUACCUGUAUCUGGCCAGCAGAACUACUUACGAAAGGGCUCGAGGACACAAUCUCACGCGGCUGCCGUCGGAUUCGAAAUGUAAGCCGGUACAAAUUUGGGCUUUCAUCCGUCACGGCGCUCGGUAUCCGGAACCCAAGCUGAUCAACAGAUAUCGGAAACUGGACCAGCUGAGGGACGAAAUCAUCGAAAACCACGAGAAAGGACGGGGUAAGCUCUGCGACUCCGAUUUGGAACUUCUGAAGCAAUGGGUGCUGAUACCACCCGCGGACGAGAUACCACCAGCUUUGUUGAACAAAAACGGCGAGGAGGAGUUGAAGAACUUUGGCAAGCGCCUGAAAGAUACCUUCCCCGAACUCUUGAAGGCGGGAAGCAUUCCGGGCGCCUCGCAAAAGGAUUACAAAUUCAGAGGAACGGACAACCAAAGGACACAGGCUAGUCAGACAGCCCUGAUGGAAGGCAUAUUCGAGGGCGAGGGAGUGACCGUAGUCCCGGAGAAGGUCCCGAAUAACGAUUCGCUCUUAUACGUCAACAUGAACUGCCCAACCUACCAAGCGAGUCUGAAGCUCAACCCCUGGAACGAGUCUGAUGCAUUCACGGAAAGCGGAGCUGAAUUCAACGCUACUGUGGAGAGAAUCACCGAACGUCUCGGCUUUGAGGAAGAAAUCGACCGAGGUACGGUGCUUCUGCUCUGGGAGAUAUGUCGUUACGAGACUGCUUGGAAGAGAAAGGGACAGUGGUCCACCUGGUGUCUGGUUUUCGAUCCCGAGGACAUGCAAGCUCUGGAGUUCCGCGAGGACAUCGGUACCUACUACUACGCUGGUCCUGGAAGGCCCAUCAACAAGCAGAUAGCUUGUCCUACGGUCAAGGAUUUGGUCCAACGGUUCAGAAACGUGGUGAAAAACGGCCAAGAAAAGAGUGGCGAACCAAAGAGUGUCUUCUACUUCGGCCACACAGUCAUGCUCGCGGCGACGAUGGGCGCUAUGGGCAUGACCGAGAGCGAGGUCCCGUUUGUGGCGACCAACUAUCAACAGAUGAUCGACAGGAAGUUCCGAACGUCGCUCGUCGGACCUUUCGGUGGCAACCUCAUCCUCGUUCUCUACAGAUGUAACUCCGAAAACAAAUCCACCCACAAGGUUACCAUUCACGCGACCGAGCGUCCCUGGUCUCUGCCCGACUGUCCCGACGGCGUUUGCGACUGGGAUACCUUCGAACAAAAGUACGCCGACACUGCCGAUCAUUGUAAUUUAGAUUUUUGUUACCAAUAGGUUUAAGGAAACAAAAGAAAAGAAGAAAAACGAGGAGAAUUUGAAUAAAACCAAAGACGCUAUAAUAAUGUAUGUACAUAUGUAUAAUAAACACUAACACACUUCGUUCGAUUUAA